GGUAGGACAUCGAUGCUUGCGAAAAGAACUGCAAAAGAGCGGUACAAAACACAUUGUCGGCAGUCAAUUUUAUUUCCUUCUUAAAACAAACAAACAAGCCUGUAACAAACAUUAAAAACAACAAACAGCAGCUAGAGAAUCAAUCAAUAGAAAAUAGGAGCGACAAUGGCGCUGUCGCCGAUUAACAAAUGCCGAUUUAGUGUAAAUUUUGUUCUAUUAGUGAUUCUGUUUGAUGUCAAGUAUGACAACAACGAUUUGGAAGAGGAGGAUGAGAAUGACGGCUCAGAUGCCAAGAACAAUGAGACCAUUUUUGAGAAUAGUAUUACGACGGGCUCCCCAUUGCCUCCAGGCAAUCCUCAGACAAUCAAAUCAGUGGGCAGCCAAAGUGGCGAGAAUAAUAAUAAUUACAAAUUUAAUUUCAACAACAACAAAAACGGUGACAUGUCCAGUUUCCCCGAUGUCGAGCGCGAUCUUAUAAAACGCGCUCUGUACAUGACACUGAUGACACAAAUUCCUUUUGAUGCCUACAUCCUAUUCUGUAUGCUCUCUGCAUUACGACUUGCAGAAAUGUACUGCUAUGUGCAGCAGAACUGCCCAGCUUGUCCGCGGGUCUUCAAAGAUCAGAGAUCAGCCAGAACUCAUUAUACAAGGAUGCACACUCAAGCGGCCCGAGAACUACCCGAAGCGCACACAUGCGGGGCAUGCGGUAAAGUUUUCAACCAGAAGGCCAGCUUGCAGGCCCACCAACGAUUCUGCCAGGUGAAGGACCCCGUCCAGUGCACUUUCUGCGAGCUGAAGUUCAGUAGCCUGCGCAAGUACGAGAUCCAUUUGCAACAGCUACAUUCAGUGGACACACUGCAUGCAUGCGAAAUCUGUCACAAGACUUUCAAGAGUGCAGACUUCCUGGCCGUACACCGUAAGAGGCACUCCGAGCGCUAUUACCAGUGCGACAAGUGCUCCCUAAACUACAUCAACGCGGCCGAGCUGCGAGUGCACUACGAGCGCGCCCAUGUAAACGACGAACAAGUCAGCUGCCUCAUAAGCGGGAGUCAGUUCCAAAACUUUGCUUUGAUGCGCGAGCAUGAGAACAGGAGUCACCAGAAACAGGUUUGGCGCUGCGAUAAGUGCAACUUUGAGGCCUCAUCGCGGGCUCGCAUGCGUCAGCAUCAAUUUGAGCACACCGCCUAUCCUUACAAAUGCAGACACUGCCGCGAGGAGUUUGUCGAUCGCAAAAAAAUCCGACUACAUUCCAAAAAGGUGCACUGCAUCGAGCUGAGCGAUGAGCAGCUGGCCGAGAUGUUUCGCGAGAGGACUGGCUAUACAAAUCGGCACGAUGCCUUUAACAAGAAUAAUACCUCACUUGAAAUUCCAGGAUUUAGCGAAGAUUGCUUUAGUGAGCUGAAAAGCCUGGGGGUCGACUACGACGAUAUCACAUCAGAUCUCUUCUCGAAUUCCACCAAUCUGGACGAACUGCUCGACAUGAUUCCCUGAACUGAGGACCGAUCCGAUCCGAUCCAUUUACCUGCAUAGAAGUUAAGAGAUCAUGAAACAUUACAAAAAAAGAAUAGCUAACGAGAGCUAGAAGACUGUACCCAAUUUACACCACACCAACAAUCGACAUACAAAUUUCCAUUACUUUGUUGCUUUCAUAAAUUAUUUUGCUCAGAGAACUCAGACCGAACCGAAACGAACCUUCUGGUGGUAUUUACAUUCACGUGUAUUUCACUGCAGGUACAUAGAAACGAACCCAUGAUAUUUCUGAAGUUACCAAUCUCAAUAAACUGUUAGAAAAGUGCUUCUGAAGCGCCCCCAGAUCUUUUGUUACUUUUUCACUCCAGACUCGGAAUAUAUUUAAGCUACUUUAAUUUGAAAAUCUAAUUAACGCCCUGGACGAAUUUUGAGAGGAAGUCUGUGGGCUUGGGCUCCUGCGACUCCUUCCAGUAGCGCAUAAUAUGGCCUUUUUGUUUCCAGAUCUCC